ACCGCUACGCCCACACUGAUGAACCGCCCAAAAUUGAGCCUUUUUUCAAUGAUGCUUUGUUAUCUUUAUUUUUGUGUUGGGCGUGCGUGUCAAUCAGAGAGGUUCACUUCCACUUUUGGAUUUCAAUUUUCACCAUCACUUUUUUAUAUAUUUUCAUCUAUAUAAUGUCAGGCUCAGUCAGCCAGUGAGCUCUCUUGUCUGCACACCUCGACUAUCCAAACAGCAAAUCCAAUUCCACUUUCAAUCAAAGAUGCCGCUGUCUUUACCCAAAAUCAUUGUUCAUUUCAGGCAUGUAUUGGUGGUACUGUCGGUGGGGAUGGCAAUGUUGUCAACUUGUUUAACCCAAGAUUCCAAAUGUGAAUUCAAAGCAAUCUUCAACUUUGGCGACUCAAAUUCUGAUACGGGCGGCUUUUGGGCUGCUUUCCCGGCUCAGUCGGGACCUUUUGGCAUGACCUUCUUCCACAAACCAUCUGGUCGUGCUACUGAUGGCAGACUUAUACUUGAUUUCUUGGCACAAGCACUGGGAAUGCCAUUUAUCAGCCCAUACUUGCAAUCAAUAGGAUCUGAUUAUAGGCAUGGAGUUAACUUUGCAACGCUGGCUUCCACAGUGCUUUUGCCUAACACUUCAUUAUUUGUUACUGGGAUCAGUCCUUUUUCUUUGGCCAUUCAGCUUAAUCAGAUGAAGGAAUUCAAGGCCAAAGUUGUUGAAUAUCAUUCUGGGAAUACAAAAGGAUCAACGCAGCUGCCUUCACCGGAUAUCUUUGGGAAAUCAAUCUACACCUUUUAUAUUGGUCAGAAUGAUUUUACUUCAAAUUUGAAAGCCAUUGGUAUCGAGGGAGUGAAGCAAUAUCUUCUUCAGGUGGUUUCCCAAAUUGCUGCCACUGUCAAGGAGCUAUUUGGUCUAGGGGGACGUACAUUUUUGGUUCUAAAUCUUGCACCAGUUGGUUGUUAUCCAGCGUUAUUAGUGCAGCUGCCUCACGAAACCUCGGACUUAGACAAAUUUGGUUGCCUUAUCUCUUACAACAAGGCUGUGGUCGAUUAUAAUAACAUGUUAAAGGAGGCACUAAGCCAAACCAGACGAGAACUUCCCAAUGCUUCUUUAAUAUAUGUGGACACUCAUGCUGUACUUUUGCAGCUUUUCCAGGAUCCCACAUCCCAUGGUCUUAGAUAUGGUACUAAAGCUUGUUGUGGAUAUGGUGGUGGCAACUAUAAUUUUCACCCAGAGGUUUAUUGUGGGAAUACGAAGGUGAUGAAUGGAACCAAGGUGACAGCAUCGGCAUGUAAAGACCCCAACAACUAUGUUAGCUGGGACGGGAUACAUGCUACUGAAGCAGCCAACAAACUUACUACAUUGGCCAUUCUUAAUGGCUCUUACUUUGAUCCUCCAUUUCCACUUCACAAGCUCUGUUAUCUACACCCUGUAGGUUGACAGUAGUCCUCUCUGUUCAUGAAUAGUCAUCAUGAUCAACUUCAACUGCUUACUUGGAUUAUCAAAAAACCAAUGAACUUCAACGGCCAGUUUCGGAUUCUCAUUCCUGUUGAGAGCAUAACUCGUGAAUGUAAAAAUAUAGCAGCUUUCAUGCUUGUUUGAAGCCUUUUUCUUCAUUGAACAUAAUGAUGAUUAAUGAGUAUUGCAGCAUUAGCCUAA